AUGGGUUCCAGUCAGAAAAAGAAGAACGAAAGGAAAAAGGACUUCCAGAAAACGAGGUUGAAAGUUGGGAAAACGAAGCCAAAGCCUUCAAAUUUUACAGACACCAGUUUCCGGUCCCAAGCUAUUGUUUUGAAUCAGCAAUCGCUGACAACAUCCGCUCCAUCGGCAUCAUCUCAGUUCACCCAUUAUUUAUCUCUUCUGAACUCAAAAUCGGAUUCCCAACGCAAGGACUCUCUUUCCUACUUGACGACGGCCAUUGCUUCCCGCCCAGUCAAUUCCCCUCUACCCCAACCAGUCAGUGUAAUAUUACCGUCUCUUGUAUCUCUGAUCCUGGACGGUAGCAAUGGGGUCCGCAAUCAACUGAUUAAGCUUCUGAAAUCGUUCCCUGCGCCAGACAUGGAAGGACAUAUCUCUCAACUUCUACCCUACGUCCGUGCGGGCAUGACGCAUCUUGCAGUUGAUAUCCGACUAUCUUCUGUCGAAAUCAUUUCCUGGCUUGUAGCCAUUGCGGGGCGCGAGGUGGUCUCAUCACCUGGUGGGUGGAUAAAAACAAUCAAUUGCUUCCUGUCCAUUCUAGGGUGGCAUACAGAAGAAUCAGUGAAGUGGUCGUCGAAUAGAGCCUCAUUCGGAAAAACUGGUAGUGAUGGGAAGCCGAUGGUUCGAACGCUGCAAGCUCUGGCGGAAUUCCUAAGAGCAGGCAUUGGCGCUGCUGAGGACGAAUCUGAGAUUGUGGGGGCGAACGUAAUGGGUGACAAGGAGUGGAACUUUCCCCUUACCCAGACAAGCCACCACAUUUUGCCAACUAAGUCUGCACCGUUUGCUUACCUCAAUUUAUUCGGACAGCCAAAAAACGAGGAGGAACGCGGAAUAAACAUGGCAAGACAAGAAGGUGGAGAGAUCGGUCGUGCAUCCGCAGGUGUAAAGAAAAUUCUGAAUGAAGCUCUGGCGCUCAAUUCCGACCCUUGA